AUGUGUGAUUUAAUUAUUUUGCUAAUUUUAAUGCCAAUUGACCGCCACUUAUCCUUGUCGUUUGGUUGUUUUCAAUUUAACCAUUUUUUUUACACGUAAACGAUAAAUAAAAUUUAAUCAAAAUGGCUUUCAUACGUCGAUUACGAAUCCAACCAAACAUUGUUAUGCCAUUGACAAAUCAAUUGGUAAAAAGAUGUAUAACAGUGACGGCCGCCAACAACGAAAGCGAAAAUUGGCUAAGCAAACUGCUUAUGGUUCGUAAAAUCGAUACCGGAAAGGAAGCCCAUUCCCGAUUACUCAGUGAUACGGAUAAAGUUUAUGAAAUGCACAUUCACGAUGUAAAGCCUCGCCACAAAGAAGAAUAUCUACAGAACUUUCAAGCGUGGUCCAACGAAAUACAGGCCAAAAGUCCGCAAAUCCGAUUGGUUGGCAGCUGGAAAGUAGAAGUCGGUGAUCUCGAUCAAUACGUUCAUAUUUGGGGCUACGACGGAUGGAAACAGGCGACCGAAGUGUUCAACUUAAUUCGUGCCGAUCGUACGCUGAUUGCGUUGGAAAAAGACCAGGAACCGUUUCUUCGAUCACGUCAAAACCAAUUUAUGUUAUCAUUUAGUUUUUGGCCAAAUCCACAACCACAGGUCAACAAUUCAAUGUAUGAAAUGCGUUCCUACGUUCUUAAACCGGGCACCAUGAUCGAAUGGGGCAACAAUUGGGCAAGAGGUAUUAAUUUUCGACGCAACAAUGCUGUGGCCGGAUUCUUUUCGCAGAUUGGUCAACUGUAUUGUGUACAUCAUCUUUGGAAAUAUGAUGAUUUACUGGCACGUCGUGAAAUCAGAGAAGCUGCCUGGCGUAAACCCGGCUGGGAUGAAUGUGUUGCCUAUACGGUACCUUUAAUCCGUGAAAUGCGAACCCGAUGGAUGUCACCGAAUCCAUUCUCACCAAUCAAGUGAUUGAAACAAAUCAUUUAUAUGAAUGAUGAUAGCAAAACUUGAAAUAUGAAAUUUUAUUUAAUUUUUAUCGGAAAAAAAGUUACAAAAU